CGAGGUGUGAUAUCUUCGCCGACUGCUGGCGGCAACAAUUUAUAGACUGUUUUUGUGCUUAAAAUGCUUCUCGAACUUUAUUUAUCUUCGAAUUUAAUGAUUCCAGAUGAAUUGCAUGAUAUUUCGAGACUUCCUGAGCUUACAUUUGGAGAUGUGGAGGAAUAUGCUCGAAAGGAGUCCGGCUGUUCAAGCACCACGAAGGCCUACAAAUUUUGUGCCGAACCAGGCUAUUUGCAUAACAUUAAAGUGCGCUAUUCGCAAGAGAAAGAUAAACUGAAUUCAAGAUGUUAUCGAUCGAUGAAGAAAAGCGAGCCUCCACACACUCUUGAAGCUGACAUAGAUUUGGCAUCCAAGUCAAUAAAGGGCCGUUGUUCGUGUGUAGCUGGUGCUGGGGGGUUCUGUCACCAUGUUGUUGGAUUAAUUGUAGGGACCAGACUUAGACACGCGUAACUCAGUUUUCAUUUAAUUCGUAACGACUCUCAUUACAUCUCGUCAUYGAAGACUUUGUACAGUUUAUGACCUUUGUAUGGUUUAUACGCUAUUGUACGGUUCUACAACGAGAAAGUUAUAUUCUUAACAUAAGACUUACAAAUCUGAACGUAAGAAAACCGGAAUUUACCUCAA